AUUUUAAGGCUGAAGCAUAUAAAGCAAAGCAUAGUCAGUAAUAUUUAGGGCUUUGAUUAAUAGAACCAAACAGGGCUCUAUUCUCAUAAGAUCACAUACAAAGUUAAGGUGCCUCAACACCACACUUCGCCACUCCAAGCUUGUCCUCAUCUCCGCUUCUUCUUUAACUUUUCUCUUUCAUCCCUUUCUUCCUUCAACUAAGCCCAUACACACAAUGUCCGAACACAAAAGCAAAAAACCAGCGAAUACCGCAUUUAAACAACAACGACUCAAAGCUUGGCAACCGCUCCUGACGCCGAAAACGGUAUUACCGACCCUUUUCGCUGUCGGCAUCGUCUUUGCACCCAUCGGUGGUCUUUUCUUAUACGAGAGUGAUACUGUGAACGAGAUAAAAAUCGACUAUACAGACUGUAUCACAGCGACCGAGACGCACGAACUGACGGAUAAUCAAUACGACUACGUAUUCACAUCUGAAAAUACAACAGUGAUCCGAGCACCGAGUUAUGUGCUGACUCAAGAAGCAACGUAUCUAAACGGUCAAGCCGCGCCAGAAGGCGAAACUGUACCACGAUGCACGAUCACAUUCUCGAUACCGAUGGAACUCAACGGGCCGCUAUAUCUCUAUUACAAGCUAACCAACUUUUACCAAAAUCAUCGCAAAUACGUCAAGAGUUUGAGCUAUAACCAAUUGAAUGGAGAAUCAUUAACUAGUGGCGACGCCGAUGCUUCCUGUGCUCCUGUCGGCACUGCGCCUGACGGCAAGAUAUACUAUCCAUGUGGCCUUAUUGCUAACUCCAUGUUCAAUGACUCCUUUUCAGACUUGACGCUACUGAAUCCACAAGGAAGCGAUGAUAAUAUAACAUACACGAUGAGUGAGAAGGGCAUUGCAUGGCAUACGGAUGUAACGCGAUACCAGAAAUCUUCUCAGCCGGUUGAUCAGCUUACGCCACCACCUAAUUGGGCUAAACGGUACCCCAGUGGUUACAAUGCCGAAAAUCUGUUUGAUCCUACUCAAGACGAACACUUUUUGGUAUGGAUGCGAACUAGCUGGUAUCCAACCUUCCGCAAGCUGUACUCCAACUACAAUGGCGAUCCGCUUCAGCCCGGCACAUAUGAAGUCCAAGUGGAUAUGAACUAUGAUAUUCGAAACUAUGGAGGUACCAAGUCGAUUGUGCUUUCAGGUACAUCCUUCUUAGGUAACAAAAAUCCAUUUAUGGGUUUAUCGUACAUUAUCAUGGGCUGUGUCUGUGCGCUGUUGGGCGUUGUGUUCCUUGGCUGGCACUUUUUCCGACCAAGGUAAGAAAAUACUCUUUCAUACUUUUGAUGGUAGACUGCCUUAGCAGAAUGCUCGUUUAAAUGCUGAUUUCAAUUACGUGGUUGUUUAUUUUAAGAAAACUCGGUGAUCAUGACCGGCUUUCAUGGAACCAGUCUGGCGGAUUUGGCCAUUAAGCUCCACUGACACCACCAUCACCAAUACAAUAAAGUAUAUCGAAUAAUAAAAAAGGGU